GUCUGCAGCCACGAACUGAUGUCCAGUUUCUCCUACGUUUCUUACGAGCUCGCAAGUUUGACCAGGAAAGGACUUUCCAACUGGUGAAGAAUUAUUACGACAUCCGUCUCCAGUUUCCGGACAUUUUCAGUGAUCUAAAACCAUCUCGGGUUCGGCAUGUCUUUGACGAUGGCAUCAUUGAGGUUUUGAAACAAUGUGACAAUGGAGGAUGUAGAGUCAUCAUUUUCAGACCAGAAGCCUGGGAUCCCGAACGAUACCCGCUCAUCGAUUUACUGAAAGCUAUUUAUGUGCUGCUGGCCAAGGUUGCAGAGGAAGAAGCCAUACAGGUCAAUGGAGUUCACUUAAUCAGCUACCUCUCAUCGUUGACCCUCAAACAAGUAACACAGCUGACUCCGAGUUUGGCCAAGUUUUUUAUCAGCACUAUUCAGGAUGUUCUACCUAUGAGGCUGAAAAGAUACGAUAUCGUGAACGAGCCAGCAUUGUUUGACGUUGUCUGGGCUAUCCUAAAACAGUUCAUGAAGGAGAAGCUUUUGGGGAGGAUUUUCCUCAACGGAGACAAGUUGGAUAAGUUACACGCGACAAUCCAAACAGAGUUUCUGCCUACAGAUCUGGGAGGCAAGCUACCAAAAUAUAGUAACAAG